AUGUGGAUCUCAAGUAUCGUUCCAGUAAGGAAGAAAAAUGGGCAAAUUCGUGUAUGUGUAGACUUCAGGGACCUGAAUGAAGCAUGCCCCAAGGAUGACUUUCCAUUACCGAUCACUGAAUUGAUGAUUGAUGCUACAACUGGGCAUGAGGCAUUAACUUUCAUGGAUGGCUUUUCUGGUUACAAUCAAAUCCGCAUGUCGCCAAAUGAUGAAGAAUUGACAGCAUUUCGAACCCCGAAAGGAAUUUAUUGCUUCAAAGUGAUGCUAUUUGGGCUGAAGAAUGCUGGUGCCACUUACCAGAGAGCCAUGCAGAAGAUAUUUGAUGAUAUACUUCACAAAAAUGUUGAGUGUUACGUGGAUGAUUUGGUGGUUAAGUCCAAAAAACGAAGCAAUCACCUGCAAGAUCUGCGAAUGAUUUUUGAGCGAUUGAGAAAGCAUCAGUUGAAGAUGAAUCCACUAAAAUGCACAUUUGGCGUCAAAUCCGGCAAGUUUCUUGGGUUCAUUGUUCGCCAUCAGGGGAUAGAAAUUGAACAAGAAAAGAUUGAUGCCAUACUUAAAAUGCCUGAACCUCGAAAUAUCCAUGACCUGAAAAGUUUGCAAGGAAAGUUAGCAUACUUACGAAGGUUUAUUUCAAAUUUAGCUGGAAGGUGUCAACCAUUUAGCCGAAUUAUGAAGAAGGGUAUACCAUUCGAGGGGGACGAGUCAUGUAGAAAUGCUUUCAAGAACAUCAAAUCUUACUUGAUGCGGCCUCCUGUGUUAGCAGCACCUGUGUCGGGACGCCUCUUGAUUUUAUAUAUUGCUGCUCAAGAACGAUCCAUGGGAGCUUUGCUUGCGCAAGAGAAUGAAGGUGGAAAAGAGAAUGCAUUAUACUACUUGAGCAGGACAAUGACACCAAAUGAGUUGAAAUAUGCUCCAAUUGAGAAGGUGUGUUUGGCAUUGAUUUUCUCCAUCCAGAAGCUUAAGCAUUAUUUCCAAGCUCACACUGUUCGCCUUGUAUCUAAGGCAAACCCUUUAAAGUUUGUGAUGUCAAGACCUGUUCUAUCUGACAGACUUGCACCCGUGAAGGGACAAGUGUUGGCGGACUUCUUAGCAGACCACCUAAUUCCGGCUGAAUGGGAGCUAAGCGAUGACCUCCCGGACGAAGAUGCACUUGUAAUUGAUGUCGCCCUACCUUGGUGGAUGUUUUUCGAUGGAGCAUCUCAUAGAGAAGGUGCUGGUGCCGGGGUCGUGUUCGUGUCACCAGAACGUCAAGUGCUGCCAUUUUCCUUCACUCUAACUGAGAAUUGCUCUAACAAUGAAGCAGAAUAUCAAGCUCCGAUCCUCGGUUUGGAAAUGGCGCUGGAUAUGCAGCAAUCUCACCUCAAGGUAUAUGGUGAUUCUAAAUUGGUGGUUAAUCAAAUACUUGGAUUGUAUGAAGUAAAGAAACCUGAAUUAUUGCCAUACGUCAAGUAUGCUCGCAAGAUCAUUGAGUGGCUUGGAGAUGUGGAGAUUGAGCAUAUUCCAAGAAAUGAAAACAAGCAGGCGGAUGCCUUGGCCAAACUUGCAUCCACUAUAGCUAUGGUCAGUGGCGAAACUCAAAUUCCAGUAUGUGAAAGAUGGGUCAUACCACCCAUUUUUGAAGAAGAGAAAGACGAAGAAAUCGAAAGCCAUCUUGUUGAAGUCUUUGAGAUUGAGGAAGAAGAUUGGCAUCAAUUGUUGGUCGAUUACCUCAAAUAUGAUAAAUUACCGAAUGAUCCACGCCGAAGGGUUGACAUCCGGCGAUGCGCCACUCGCUUCAUAUUUUUCAAAGGGACGCUUUAUAGAAGGUCUUUUGAUGGAGUGUUUCUAAGAUGCUUAAGUAAUGAAGAAGCCGCCAAAGCAAUGGAAGAAGCGCAUUCUGGCAUUUGUGGUGCUCACCAGUCAGGUCCCAAGCUACACUUCCGAAUCAAGAGGAUGGGCUACUACUGGCCAACCAUGGUGAAGGACUGUCAAGAUUAUGCACAAAGAUGUCAAGCCUGCCAAUUUCAUGCAAACCUCAUCCAUCAGCCGCCCGAGCCACUACACCCCACGGUUGCGUCCUGGCCUUUUGAUGCCUGGGGCAUGGAUGUCGUUGGACCCUUGACGAAAUCAUCGAUGGGGCAUUUAUACAUUCUGGCAGCGACCAAUUACUUCUCCAAGUGGGCUGAGGCAGUACCAUUGAGAGAAGUGAAGAAAGAGAUUGUCGCUGAUUUUAUCAAAACCAACAUCAUCUACCGCUAUGGAGUUCCUCGCUACAUCAUAAUUGAUAAUGGAUCACCUUUCAGCAACACGGUGACACUACUAGAAAAACGCUCAUAG